UACAUAGUUCAAUUCUUUUUUUUCUUUUUUUUCUUUAGGGUCUGGGAUUUAGAAGGAAAUGAGAAGGCCCGUUUUGUUUUACGUUCUCCUGGAAUGAGUGUUUGCUGGCAUCCUGAAGAGGCUUUUAAGCUGAUGGUAGCAGAGAAAAAUGGAACAAUACGAUUCUAUGAUCUAAUUACACACCAAGCCAUUCUCUCCCUGGAGUGUGAACAAAGACCGCUGAUGUCAGCAGACUGGUGUUUAAAGAAUACUCUCAGAAUUGGAGCAGUUGCUGGAAGUGAUUGGCUAAUCUGGGAUAUCACUCGUUCCAGUUAUCCACAGGAUAAGAGACCCGUCCACGUUGAUCGAGCCAGAUUAUUCAGGUGGUCCCGAGUGAAUGAAAAUCUGUUUGCAACCAUUGGAUAUCCAGGAAAGGCGACUACUCAACUGCUUGUUCAUCACUUAGGACAUCCCCAGCCCAUUCUUACUGGUACUGCAGCUGUAGGAUCUGGAUUGACAUGGCACAGAACCCUUCCAUUAUGUGCAGUUGGAGGAGACCAUAAAAUUUUCUUUUGGGUAACAGAAAUGUAAAAAUUGCCAUAUGCUUUCAGUGUUCAACUUCACAGUAUGACAUCUUUUUCAUAGUAAAGCAACGAAUUUACUCUUUGGAUUGGUGUUUAUUCAUUUGCAGGACAUAAGAAAAAACAAAAUAAGAAACCUUUUGUUUCAUUUUCAGCUUGCAAAUGCAAUAACUAUGAUAAAAUCAGAUACCAUAAAUCUGACCCUGUGUAAAUUCCCUUAAAAUAUACACAUUUUUCAACAAGGUUGAAAACGUGGUUCGGUGUGGCGUUCAUUUUUUUUAAUGGUAACUUUGAUUUGUUUAUUUGAAGAGAUUGUGUAUCUAUCAAUCUCAGUUGUCUCUCAGUUAACACAGCACAGAUACUUUGAAAUUCUCAGAGUGUCUACAGCAUAAACACCUGUUUUUGUCUUAACUUUCCUGAUUCACUGCUAUCUUUUAAGAAAGAAAUACAGUAACAUACUGUCAUAAAAUAUUGUCUGUGAAUGUGUUUGCUGAUUAAAAAGUUACCACACUGAAG